CAAACUAAGGGCAACGUCCAGGUCGCAUACACUCCCUCGCCAGCCAGCGUAACGACCUGCACGAUCGGCCUCUUGCAGCAUACCGCAUUCGCAAUGUCGACAUCGAUGCGCUUCGGCCUGCGCGCCGCGCAGAACAGCUUCCGUCAGCCCGUAAUCCGUCAGAAUGUCAACCGAUUUGCUCAAAGACGAACACAAUCUACCGUCGCGGACGCUGCAGAGGCGACGAAGAGCAAUGAGUCUGCGUUCAGCAAGUUCUUCAACUCCCCAGUUGGCCCAAAGACCGUUCACUUCUGGGCUCCGAUCAUGAAAUGGGGCCUCGUCCUUGCCGGUGCUGCUGAUUUUGCCCGACCCGCGGACCAGCUUUCAAUCUCACAAAAUGGCGCUCUUAUGGCUACUGGUCUAAUCUGGACGCGAUGGUGCUUCGUCAUCAAGCCAAAGAAUCUGUUUCUCGCCAGUGUAAAUUUCCUCCUGUUCUGCGUCGGUGCAACACAAGUCACUCGAGUCCUUAUGUACCAAAAGAGCUUGAAGGGCGAGACUUUGGGCGAGGAGAUCAGGGACGAGGCGAAGAGCGAGGGUAGCAAGCUGGAGCAGGCGUUUGACAAGGCAGAGAAGAAGGUCGAGCAGAGGGUUGGUGGAAAGUAAGGAGUGGAAAUGGUUCAUGUGGACUGGGCGGAUUGGAGGAUAUGAGAAGUCUCUUGCCCUGGGACGGACAGUAGAGUUAUCUGUCUAUAAGUCAUGUAGCGUUCUCGCCUGGCUGUUGCGUGAGCAAGUGCUUCUGCACGCCGACUGAUAUGAAAUUUCUGUAUAGCUUUUG